AGUGAAGACUUCCGGAAGCUAGCAGAAAGGGAGAUUGCCUCCUGUGAAGAAGAGAUAGCUGACCUGAAACACCAGAUAGUGUUGCUUUUGAUUCCUUCAGAAGAAACAGACAAGAGUGAUCUUGUCAUGGAAGUAACAGCUGGAGUUGGAGGGCAGGAAGCCAUGCUGUUCACCUCGGAGAUAUUUGAUAUGUAUCAACGAUAUGCUACCUAUAAAAAGUGGAAAUUUGAAGUAUUAGAAUACUUUCCCAGUGAAAUAGGUGGCCUGAGACGUGCAGUUGCCAGUAUAGCAGGUUUUGAGGCUUACAAGUACAUGAAAUUUGAAGGAGGAGUGCAUCGUGUUCAGCGGGUGCCAAAGACAGAAAAACAAGGACGCAUUCACACCAGCACAAUGACUGUUGCAAUAUUACCCCAACCCACUGAGAUGAGGCUGCAGAUUAAUCCGAAAGACCUAAGGAUAGAAACAAAGCGAGCUAGUGGAGCUGGAGGCCAGCAUGUCAAUACCACAGACAGUGCUGUACGGAUAGUUCAUAUUCCAACAGGGAUCGUGUCUGAAUGUCAGCAAGAAAGAUCUCAAAUUAGAAACAAAGAGAAGGCUAUGCAAAUGCUGUGUGCUAAACUAUACAACGCCAAACUGGAAGAAGAAACCAAAAAGAGAAAUAGUGUUCGAAAGAUUCAAAUUGGGACUAAAGGAAGAUCAGAGAAGAUCAGAACAUACAACUUUCCACAGGACCGAAUUACUGACCACAGGAUAAGCAGAUCAGUGCAUCAUAUUGAGUGUUUCAUGCUAGGGGAAGAAAUGCUAGAUGAAAUGGUGCAAACUCUGAGAGAAUAUGCUGACUAUGAGUCUUUAAUGGAAAUUAUUUCAGAAAAUGAAAAAAAGAAUCUGUCCUGAACAUUGCUCUUUGUCAGCCCGUACAACAGAUUUAGACAUUUGCGUGCAGAGGAGCUUCUUGGAGCACCACCCAGAAAAUGCAGCUGCUUUUCAAAUCAUGAAAGGCACCACAACUUGUUUCCUCAUGACUGAUAAACAGUUUUCUUACUUGCUGAGUAAAA